AAUCUCCCUCAGCCUCCUCAACGUGGGGAGUCGCCGCACCGGCCUCUUCUUUUUGCCUUUGCCGUCGCCCGCCCUGUUUCAUCUCCCGCCCUGCGUCCGGCCGUAGGCGCCGUCGUGUGGGUGCUGAGAAAUCGCGAAGGCCGUGCGAGCGGCAAGCGGCAAGAAAGUGGGUCCAUGGAGAGAGGAGAGCCAUUGGAUGACCAAAGACGACGAGGUAGACGAUCACAAGGGCAACGAAGACGACCCAUGCCCUCCUCUCACGACGAAGCAUCGCAGCCACUCCUCCCCUCCUCCUCCUCGCCAGACCAGCCACAAGCAGACGACACCUCGUCAAGCAUGGUAGCUUACAAACGCCACGCCCUCCUCUCCCCACCUGCCCUCCUCGCCCAAGCCUCCUCGCUCGUAUUCCUUGUCCUAGUCUGGACCCUAGUCUUCGAAAAAUUGCCCGGCUCUUUGUUCAAUGGCCUGCCACUCUUUGGUUACCACCCUUUACUGCAGAGCCUGACCCUCCUACUAUUAGCGCAAAGCGUUCUAGGCCUCCAACCUACAAGCCAGGCCCGCCCGCAGGAGAAACGCGCUGCAUUCCAAGUGCAUCAGCUGGUGAACAUCUUAGUCCUCGUAGCCAUUACGGUCGGGUCGGCUAUCAUGUUUUACCUGCAUCAUCCGGCUGGCCACUGGCAGAGCUGGCACGGAGUACUAGGCGCCGCCUUGACCGUGUGGCUUUGGCUUCAGGCGGUGCUGGGUGCUGCGAGCGUGUGGGGUGGGGGUAAAGCGCUUGGUGGUGAGGCCAAGGCUAAGGGGUGGUGGAAGUGGCAUCGACUGAGCGGGUAUGUGCUGUUGCCGCUCUUCAUCUUCAACCUGUUCCUCGGCGCAACGCAGACUACUUGGGCGCAGGGUAAUGCCUCUCAGGCGCAUCAUGUAGCCGUGGGUGUGGCAUUGGUGGGCGUGGCCGUCUUUGGGGCUGUGAGGGUGCAGGCGGGCAAGUUGCCUAAGC